CCUCGAAAUGGCGUAAGCGUGAGUAGUAAAGAAUCUGAUUUCAAAUGAGCCCUGCAGAAGUCUAUAAAUUUGUGCAUUGUGAUCUUCCCCCAUUUUGGAAACUUGUUUAGCUUGAUUUGAAGCCAUGAGCACAGGCGAGUUGCUCAGCGUUCAUCCUUCUGAGCUCAAAUUCCCAUUUGAAUUGACGAAGCAGAGUUCUUGUACUGUGCAAUUGACCAACAAGACUAAUGAUUAUGUUGCUUUUAAGGUUAAGACAACAAACCCUAAGAAGUAUUGUGUCCGUCCCGUUAGUGGUAUCAUUUCGCCAGGGUCAUCUUCCUGCUUUAUAGUCACAAUGCAAGCCUCGGAAAAGGCACCACCAAGUAUGCAGUGCAAGGACAAGUUUCUCCUCCAAAGUGUUAUUGCGCCUAAUGGUGCCACUAAUAAAGAUACAAGCCCAGAACUGUUUAGUAAGGCAGAUGGGAAGGUUGUUGAGGAGUUUAGAUUGAGAGUUGUGUAUAUUCUUGCUAAUCCACCAUCACCUGUUCCUGAAGGAUCAGAAGAAGAUUCUUCACCCAUGGCAAAUCAUGUCGAGGGUGGAAAUCAAAAUGCUACUUUGUUUGAUGGGUUGACAGGCUCUCUAGAAGAACUGAAAGAGAAGCCUGCAUCUGCAGAGGUAUGGUCCAUGGUUUCCAGGCUGACUGAUGAAAAAGCUUCUGCUAUUGAACAAAAUCAGGAGCUUAAUCAGGAGUUGGAACUGCUGCAGAAAGAAACGGGCAAAAGUAAUAUUGGGGGAUCAUACAUUCUAUUGGUGGUGCUGAUCGGUUUGCUAGGGUUUCUUGUGAGCUACCUCAUUAAUUCACAUUAGAGGCUCGGGCUUUACUAGUCAUUCGGGAUGCCUAUUGAAAAAUGAGUUGAGUGUUUUCGCCAAUGUAUAAUUGACCUAGAUUUUUUUUUCAUUCUCUUGGUAAACGACAAAUAAGUAGUCAUUUUUAUCAGCGAAUUGAUAGUACAGUUUGUUCUUUGGUAAAAUUUGUUUAGAACUGUGUUAUCAUCCA